AUGUUCAACUUCAACUUCUUCAAAUCCGCCCCGGCUAACGAGCCCGCCACUGACGGCUGGAACGCCAACACCGUCAACACGCAGCCCACCAGCCCCGCUGCCCCUUCAACAAACCAAAAUGUCAUCUCUGAGCAGCCGACCAGUCAGGAACAAAUGCAGCUGCGCGGUGGUGGCGGCGGUGGUAUCUGCUGCGGAGUACGAUCAAAUGAGAUCAGGAUGUGGCCGCCGAUGCCCUCAUGCGACGACACUGUCGAUCGAUUCGACCUUAUUGCGGUCAACUCUUGGAACCUUCCUAGGCCGGAUUCAUCGUCUACCGCGUGGGCUCGGCGGUCUUGGAUGUGA